CACUCAUUUGAUAUCUACUGUUUGACCUGUUUAAAUCAUGUCGCUAUUUUUAAUUGUAAUACUUACGCUUCUUGUGAUAUAUAAACUAUACAAAUUUGCUUAUGAUAAACCGCCUAAUACACCUCCGGGCAUUAUCAGAAUUCCGAUAGGAGGAUCUUACUGGAUGUUGUUAUGGGGAAACUACAAAUUUCCAUAUUUAACCAUCGAUUAUUAUGUGAAGAAACUAAAAUCAAAGAUUAUCAGUUGCUAUAUGGGUGAUUACUUUUCAAUAAUAGUGAACGAUUACAAAAGCAUAAAAGAAGUACUUUCAAGAGAGGAAUUUGAUGGCCGAGUUACUACAGCGCAGUUUAUAAAGGAUCGAGCUUUCGGAAAGGAAUUAGGUAUAUUUUUCAUCGAGGGCUCGCAAUGGCAUGAACAGAGGAGAUUUACUCUCCGACAUAUGCGCGACUUUGGAUUCGGUCGACGACAAGACAAGCUCGAAAGCGAGAUCAUGGAUGAAAUGACUUUAUUCCUUGACAUUUUGAAGAACGGACCCAUUUAUGACGGAGAGAAGGAGAUACUAAAAGGCAAUUUGGCGCUCUUUCCGAACAUUCUGCAUGCGUCGGCGGCUAACAACAUAUGGAACAUUAUGUUCGGUCGUAGAUUUGAUAGAAGCGAGCACGAUAUAUCGCGACUCCUCUGUCAUAUGUCUACAUUGUUUCAAAGAGCAAAUGAUACAACUGGCGGUGCUAUUUCCCAGCGAUCGAUUUAUAGAUACUUCGGUAACAUGUUUGGUUACACAAACCAUAUGAAAGGAAGCACCACAAUAUCAAAUAUAAUCAAAAAAUAUCUGGAUUAUCAAAAAACUAUUAUCAACGAGAAUGAUGAUCAAGGAUUCGUCGAUAGAUACCUAAAGAAAUUGAACGGAAACGAUAAGUUGGAUAAUUUCACGGAGGAACAAUUAAUCAUGUUGUUAACUGAUGUAAUGAUUCCCGCUUUCUCUGCAAUACCAGUUGUGAUUACUCAUAUUAUUAAGUAUCUCAUGCAUCAUCCUAGAGUUAUGGAGAAAGUACAGAACGAAAUAGAUAAUGUUGUUGGGACCGGACGAUUAGCCACAUGGGACGAUAGAAAAAACUUGCCCUAUUUGGAAGCGACAAUACGAGAAACGAUGAGAAUCGAAACUCUCACUCCUCUCAGCGUAACUCACAAAUGUCUGAAGAAAACUACGUUAGAAGGCUAUGAGAUACCGGCAAACACAUUAAUUUUCAUUAACUUGGCGGCUAUGCAUCAUGAUCCUGACUUGUGGGGCGAUCCUGAAGUUUUCAGACCGGAAAGAUUUUUGAAGGAAGACGGCCAAUUAGCUAAAGAUUUUACGCUUCCCUUUGGUUUUGGUCAUCGGCUAUGCGCAGGAGAAACUUAUGCUAGACACAACCUGUUCGAGACAGUGGUUCUUUUGGUACAAAACUUUAACUUCUUCUUCGUUGAAGGUGAGCCAUCGAGCCUCGAGGACAAAUUGCCAGGUCUAAUUGUUUCUCCCAAAAAGCUAUGGAUACGUUUAGAAUCACGUUAAAUAUUCCUUUUUUUCUUGAUAAUAAAUAUCUCAGCAGAUAUAAUAAAAUAAGUCAGCAGAAUGUCAGUUAAUUGUUAAUUAUCAAUAGAUAAGCAGUUCAUAGUGAUAAUUUAUCGAUUACUCCGCCAUGAAGCAAUUAACAAAUUGUAACAUCAUAUCAAGUGUAUGAUAAUAUAUGUAUAUUAUAACUUAUUAA